AUGGCGUCUGCGCGUUCCACCAGCACUACCGAGUCUAUCUCGAACACCGUUUCGGACGCUGCCAACUACGUCUCGGAGACCGCGAAGGAGUGGACCUCGGGCGCCUCGAAGGAGGGCAACAAGGAGGUUGCCAAGGGCAACACCGACGCCUCGCUCACCGACCGCGCCUCGGCUGGUCUCUCGGCUGUCGGCGACAAGAUGCAGGAGGAGAAGCACUCGUCUGCGGCAAGCGGUUAUAAGGAGUCGGCAAAGCACUAA